AUGGGAAAGAUCAUCUUUUAUGAGGACAAAAACUUCCAGGGUCGCUCCUAUGAGUGUAACUCUGAAUGCCCAGACCUGUCCUCAUACUUCAGACGCUGCAACUCCAUCCGUGUGGAAAGUGGAAACUGGAUCCUGUAUGAACAUCCCAGCUACAGAGGACACCAGUACUUUCUUCACAGGGGAGAAUAUCCUGACUUUCAACAAUGGAUGGGCUACAAUGACUCCAUUAAAUCUUGUCGUCUGAGCCCCCAGCAUGAAGGUUCAUUCAGAAUCAGGAUCUAUGAGAGAGAAGAAUUCAGAGGUCAGAUGAUGGAAUUCACUGAAGAUUGUCCAAAUGUCUAUGACAGAUUCCGGUAUCAUGACAUUCAUUCUGUCCAUGUACAAGAUGGAUACUGGAUGUUCUAUGAGGAACCCAACUACAGAGGACGUCAGUAUUACUUGAAACCUGAAGAGUACAGAAGAUACACUGACUGGGGUGCUACUAAUCCCAGAAUUGGUUCUUUCAAACGUGUUCAUUACUUCCAUUAA